AUGCGCGAAUCAAUUGAAGCCUAUCACAGCGACAAGAAGGACGAUGACGACGACAUCGAAGGCGGCUUCAUGCCCAUCAAGACGGGCGCGGAGCAGCAAUACAAGCACGACGACCAACAAAAACAAAGCGAGCGGCGGCCCAGCUUAAAGAAGACGGCCUCAGGCCGCACCAUCACCGAAGACGACCUCUUCCGCGUGCUCUCGCGCCGCCGCACCGGCCAGUCUUCCACCUCAGCAACCACCGACCAGGACGCGGAACACGCGGCAGAGCAAGAGGAGAUCGACCGGCUGCUGUCACGCAUGUUCGGGCAGUCGCGCCAGGAGAACUCGGAGGAAGAGCGCACGCGGCACGCGGGCAUGAUCUUCAAGGACCUGACGGUCAAGGGCAUGGGCGUCGGCGCGGCGCUGCAGCCGACGACGGGCGACAUCUUGCUCAACCCGCUGCGCUUCGUCAAGAGCCUGUUCAGUACAAAGGGCGGCCCGCGAAAAGCCGCCGGCAUGUCGAAGCCGCCGGUCCGCACGCUCAUCGACAACUUUUCUGGAUGUAUCAAGCCGGGCGAGAUGCUGCUCGUGCUGGGGCGGCCCGGCGCGGGCUGCUCGACCUUCCUGAAGGUGAUGGGCAACCAGCGGUUCGGCUACGAGAGCGUCGAGGGCGACGUGUCGUACGGCGGCACGCCGGCGGACGUCAUGGCCAAGAAGUUCCGCAGCGAGGUCUUGUACAACCCCGAGGAGGACCUGCACUACGCGACGCUCAGCGUGAAGAACACGCUGACUUUCGCGCUGAAGACGAGGACGCCUGGCAAGGAUUCGCGGAAGGAGGGCGAGUCGAGGCAGGACUAUAUUCGGGAGUUUCUGCGCGUUGUCAGCAAGCUGUUCUGGAUUGAGCAUACGAUGCCGGUUAAGGUGGGUAAUGAGUUUGUGCGUGGUGUCUCUGGGGGUGAGAAGAAGCGGGUUAGUAUUGCUGAGGCGAUGAUUACGAAGGCGUCGGUGCAGGCGUGGGAUAACAGUACGAAAGGCUUGGAUGCUUCGACGGCGCUGGAGUACGUCCAGAGCCUGCGCUCUCUCACCAACAUGGCCCGCGUCUCCACCUCUGUCGCACUCUACCAAGCUGGAGAGAGCUUGUACAGUCUCUUCGACAAAGUUUUGCUGAUCGACGAGGGCAAGUGCUGCUAUUUCGGUCCCGCGGACGAGGCUCCUGCGUACUUCAAGGAGCUUGGGUUCGUGCAGCCUCCUCGCUGGACGAGCGCAGACUUCCUCACCUCCGUGACUGACACUCAUGAACGUAACGUCAAGGAAGGAUGGGAAGACCGUAUCCCCCGAUCUGCCGAGCAGUUUGCCGAAGAGUUCUUCAAAAGCGAGAGGCACAGGAAGAACCUCAAGGAGAUCGAGGAGUUCAAGGAAGAGACACGGAUACAGGAAGAGAAACGCCGCGCUGCCGCCAGCAAAGCCACCAAGAAGAAGAACUACACCAUCUCCUUCCCCAUGCAGGUCAUGGCCUGCACGAAACGGCAGUUCUUCGUCAUGAUCGGCGACAAGCAGUCACUUGCCGGCAAAUGGGGCGGCAUUCUGUUCCAAGCCUUGAUCGUCGGAAGCCUGUUCUACGACCAGCCGAAGACUGCUGCUGGAGUGUUUACCCGCGGUGGUGUCAUGUUCUUCAUGCUCCUCUUCAACGCCCUGCUCGCCCUGGCCGAACUGACGGCCGCAUUCAGCUCGCGACCCAUCCUGCUCAAGCACAAAAGCUUCUCGUUCUACCGGCCCUCGGCUUAUGCUCUCGCGCAGACGGUCGUCGACGUGCCGCUGGUUUUCAUCCAAGUCGCCCUUUUCGAUAUCGUCGUCUACUGGAUGUCGAACCUCCAACGCACCCCAUCGCAAUUCUUCAUCUCCCUCCUAUUUCUCUUCAUUUUAACGAUGUGCAUGUACAGUUUAUUCAGAGCAAUUGGCGCUCUCGUUGGCAGUCUCGACGUCGCGACGCGCAUCACGGGGGUGGCGAUCCAGAUCCUAGUCGUCUACACCGGCUACCUCAUCCCACCGCGCAAAAUGCACCCCUGGUUCAGCUGGCUGCGCUGGGUCAACCCGGUACAAUACGGCUUCGAAAGCCUCAUGGCAAACGAGUUCUACAACCUCGAGAUCGAAUGCACCGCCCCGUACCUCGUGCCGCAGGGCCCCGGCGUUGAGCCGCAGUACCAGACGUGCGCGCUGCAAGGAAGCCAGCCGGGCCGCACGACCGUCAGCGGCGCAGACUACAUCGCCGUCGCGUACGACUACUCGCGCAGCCACCUGUGGCGCAACUUUGGCAUCAUCUGCGCGUUCUUCGUCUUCUUCGUCGGGCUGACGGCGCUGGGCAUGGAGCUGCAGAAGCCGAAUAAGGGCGGGGGCAGCGUGACCAUCUACAAGCGCGGUCAGGCUCCUGCUUCUGUGGAGAGGGAGAUGGAGAGGGCGAGCAGCGAGGAGGGGGAUGAGGAGAAGGGGAGGAGGCAGGAUGGUGGUGCGGCUGGCUACGAGGAGAGCGGUUCGGGAAAGAGCGAGGAUGACACCAAGGGUGUGGCGAAGAACGACACUAUCUUUACGUGGCAGGAUGUCAACUAUACGAUUCCGUAUGAGGGCGGCGAGAGGAAGCUGCUGCAGAAUGUGCAGGGUUAUGUCAAGCCAGGAAAGCUGACGGCGUUAAUGGGUGCUUCCGGGGCUGGUAAAACGACACUUUUGAACACGCUGGCGCAGCGCAUUCGAUUUGGUGUCGUGACCGGCGAUUUUCUUGUUGACGGCAGGCCACUUCCGCUAUCCUUCCAGCGUAGCACAGGAUUCGCUGAGCAACAGGACGUUCACGAGUCUACUUCUACCGUGAGAGAAGCUCUCCGCUUCUCUGCCAAGUUGCGCCAGCCUCGAGAAGUCCCGCUCCAGGAAAAGUACGAUUACGUCGAAAAGAUUAUUGACCUCCUGGAGAUGCGUGAGAUUGCUGGGGCGACAAUUGGAAAACCGGGAGCCGGACUUAACCAGGAACAGCGGAAGCGUCUGACUAUUGGCGUAGAGCUGGCGAGCAAGCCCGAGCUUCUCAUGUUCCUUGACGAACCAACGUCCGGUCUGGAUAGUGGUGCUGCGUUCAACAUUGUCCGCUUCCUUCGCAAAUUAGCAGAUGCAGGCCAGGCGAUUCUCUGCACAAUCCACCAACCAUCCAGUGUGCUUUUUGAGAACUUUGACCAGCUUCUGUUGCUCAAGAAUGGCGGCCGUACUGUCUACUUCGGUGAGCUUGGCCACGACAGCAGGAAUCUCAUCGACUAUCUGGAACGCAAUGGAGCCAAGAAGUGCCCACCGAAGAUGAACCCUGCGGAGUACAUGCUGGAAGCCAUCGGUGCCGGUAAUCCCGACUACAAGGGUCAGGAUUGGGGAGACGUUUGGGAGAGAUCCACCGAAAACAAGCAGCUCACCAAAGAGGUCCGCCAAAUCAUCUCGGAUCGACAAAAAGCAGGCAACAAGGAGAAGAUCCGCGACGACCGGGAGUACGCCAUGCCGCUGUCAACGCAAGUGUUGACAGUGCUCAAGCGGUCUUUCGUGGCCAUGUACCGGUCGCCGCAGUACGUGAUGGGCAUGAUGAUGCUGCACAUCUUCACUGGCCUGUUCAACGGCUUUACCUUCUGGGACCUGGGCAACAGCCAGAUUGACAUGCAGUCGCGUCUCUUCUCGACGUUCAUGACACUGACCAUCUCGCCUCCGCUCAUCCAGCAGCUUCAGCCCCGCUUCCUGGAGGCGCGGUCCAUCUUCGAGUCGCGUGAGUCCAACUCGAAGAUCUACUCGUGGUUCGCUUUCGCAACGAGCGCCAUACUGUCAGAGAUACCAUACCGCCUUGUUGCAGGGACCAUCUAUUGGGCAUGUUGGUACUUCCCUCCAAAUUUUCCCAGGGAUACGUACACGUCAGUGAGCAUCUGGGCGCUGGUGAUGGUGUUCGAGCUGUACUACCUCGGGUUUGGUCAGGCGAUUGCGUCCUUUUCACCGAACGAGCUGCUGGCAUCCUUGUUGGUGCCCGUGUUCUUCCUGUUCGUGGUGAGCUUCUGCGGAGUGGUGGUGCCUUACGCGACGCUGCCGUACUUCUGGCAAUCCUGGAUGUACCAUUUGACACCGUUCCGCUAUCUCCUGGAGGGGUUCCUAGGGCUACUCACGCAUGGCCUGCGGGUCCAAUGCGAUAGCAACGAGAUAGCUCGGUUCAACGCUCCACCGGGCCAGACGUGCGAAAGCUACGCAGGUCCGUUCGCCCAGACUUCGGGCUACGUGCAAACCAAUGCCGACGGGAGCUGCGGCUACUGCCAGUACGCCACAGGAGACGAAUUUGCGUCGAGCUUCAACGUCUUCAAUCGAUAUGUCUGGCGCGACUUUGGCAUCAUGUGGGCGUACGUUAUUUUCAACUUUGUGGUCGUCUAUGCUUGCUCCUGGCUAUACCUGUCGGGCGGACGGAGAAUCAAACAGGGACUCAGCCCGACGCAGCGCAGACAGCGAAAGGAGAAUCAGAAAAAGCUGCAGGACAUGAGCAAUGACGGCGGGCAGGUCUGA